AUGGCUCAAACGCUCCAGUUCACCAGCUACGAGCAUGAAGAUGCCUGGGACGUGAACUGGCUGCGGGUGGAUGACACCCAUGAACUUUACUAUCAACAGUUUGGCAAGAAGGACGGAAAGCCUGUCAUCUACCUCCAUGGUGGGCCUGGCGGGAACUGCUCCAAAACCAACACCGUCUUCUUCAACCCCUCUGAAUACCGAGUCGUUCUGCUCGACCAGCGAGGCUGUGGUCAAUCGCGCCCUAAUGCCAACACAACAGACAACACUACUUGGCAUCUCGUCGAAGACAUCGAAAAGCUGCGCAAGCAUCUGAAGUUUUCCAAAUGGCACAUGGUCUUUGGUGGCUCCUGGGGAUCCACACUCGCUCUAGCAUAUGCGCAAACACACCCCGAUAGUGUAGGUAGUCUAGUCCUGCGUGGCAUCUUCACCGUGCGAGACAUCGAACUCAAGUGGACCAACCAUGCAGGCGGCGCGCAAAUGCUGUUUCCCGACCGCUGGGAGGACUUUAUCAAGUUUUUACCAGAGGAAGAACGUUCCGAUCAUAUCGGCAACUACCACAAACGCCUCAUGUCUUCGGACUCGUCUAUCAGUCAUCCCGCGGCUGAGGCGUGGAACACGUGGGAGCUAUCAAUCAGCACCCUGUAUCCUGACCCACACGCGUACAAGAAACUGAAAGAACCAGCCUAUCUGCUCGCACAUGCUAGGAUGGAGAUCCACUACUUCAUCAACAAAGCAUGGAUGGAAGACGGGCAGCUGUUGAGGAAGGAGAACGUGGACCGGAUCCGGAACAUUCCGACGACCAUCGUGCAGGGCAGACUGCCUGCUAAAGCCCAGAAGACUGCUGGGGCCCGCGCAAACGUCGCACGCAGCACCAGCAGUCUUCAUUCUAUAUAUCUCUCUGCCGCGUCGUUCCCCUUCCACAUCCCAGAAGGACCGCCGUCCGAACCAGUCCCCAGCAGCGACAUAACCCUCAACGCCCUCGUCCAGCAUGGCGUGCACAAGAUGGACUGCGAUCGCGCAUUCCUUUCGCUCAUUGAUAAUCGAAAUCAAUUCAUAUGCGCAGAGAUGACGAGGCACCAGUCGCUUUCGAGUGCAGACCCGGCCGAGCCGCUCUUGCUGGGUACUUCGCGAAUCGCUCUCGAAUGGGGCGUCUGCCCAUUCACCAUGUGCAUCUUCCAGGGCAAACCAGUGCCUAUGCCGGACAGUCCCUAUAUCAUUGCCGACAAGUCGUAUUUCUGCAUAAAAGACUUUCGCCAGGUUCCCACAUUUGCCGAGCGCCCGUUCGUGGCUGGCUACCCACACAUGGUUUCAUACCUCGAGAUACCGCUGUUUGCAAUGUCUGGGCACAUAUUGGGCAGCUACUGUGUUGUUGACAGUAAAGAACGGGACUUCCUGCAUCCCAAGUCUCUGAGCACUCUUCGCGAAACUACCUCGGCUAUCAGUGCAUACCUCGAUAUGCGACGCGCCGAAGCUUUAACUGUCGACUUGGCUUCUAUGGUCGAAGAUGUCAUUGGGACUGUUUCUGUAGGUCAUGACCAUUCUUCGCGCCUCUCUUCUGGACUUAAUAAAGAGCGUCAAGAUUCGUUGGCUGGAUCGCCCGCAACGGCACAAACCGAGCCUGUCGUCGUCACCACACGCAUUGAAAAGGCCCGUGAUUGGACCUUUGUCAUUGACAAGGGUGCUUGGAAGCGCAUUUUACUUAAUGUCGUCAGCAACGCAUUGAAGUAUACCAAGUCGGGCUACAUUCACGUAGGUCUAGCAUUUGUGGAGGCUGCCGAUGACAGUCAGUCACAAAUCAGUCUUUCUGUGACCGACACGGGUGUAGGCAUGAGUGAGAAUUUCCUCAAGUACCAUCUCUUUACACCCUUCACUCAGGAGAAUCUACUAAGUCCAGGAACUGGGCUAGGUUUGAGCUUAGUGAAGAGCAUCGUGGAGUCACUACAUGGAACUAUAUCAGUCUCUAGUCGUUUGGGCAAGGGAACGAAGAUCAUCAUCAACAUUCCGGCUAGUCAAACGGCGCAGAGACCAAAUGCGCCACGUAGUGAGAACGUUUCCUCUCACGAAUGCCUGCGCGGGAAGGCAAUCGGUAUGCUCAGUCUCUCUCUACCCGAAGAGCAAGGCAAAGAAUUUGCACCCUCUAUCGAUUCGCCACCCGAAGCGCUGGAGCGGGCCGUUCAAAAUAUCUGCCAGGAUCGCUUCGGCAUGAGGUUCACCACUGUUUCCACAGACACACUUCCGGUUCUGGAUGUACUCCUCAUCGAUCACCAUGCCAUCUCUUCGACACUCACGUACGACUUGAAAACAUUGUUCCCUACGUAUACUGGAGGGACUUACCCGGUCGUGGUCGACCUGCGUAAUAUUAAAGGCGCACCUCCGGAAUCUGGCACUAGCAAGCCCAUGCACACAGCACUAGUCACUGCAAACUCGCUUGGACCUGCACUCAUCUCGGCUGUGAAGGAUGCCACUACCAAGGAGAUGGCAAACCCAGCGCCGUUCAUAGAAGUCAGAAGCAGACCUGACAUGGAGCCAACAGAGCAAUUAGAACAUGCCGACACAGUCCUAGAGCCAGAUCCACAAACCAAAGUACUUCCACACCGCAGCUUAUCGUUGCAGCGUGUGACACUAGCCGACGCCGCCACAAGUCCUGCUCUACAAGCACCAUUACCAACACAAGCACCUACCCCGCUUACAAGCAGCCCGACAUGCCGAUUCCGCCGUCUGCUCUUGGUAGACGAUAACCCCAUAAAUCUAAAAAUGCUUUGCGCCUUUGCAAAACGCCUCGGCGUACCAUAUUCCAGUGCCACCGACGGCGCAGAAGCGGUGCGUCUCUAUCAAACCGCCACUGAGCAAGAGGACCCAAAAGCAAAUUAUGACUGCAUUUUCAUGGACAUCAGCAUGCCAGUUAUGGAUGGCUUCCAGGCCGUCUCAAAGAUUCGUGGAAUCGAACAUGGUUUGAUGGAAAAAUGCAUACCAAGACAGUCCGAUGACGCUGCGAGACAUGGUCUAGAUGGUACUCUAGAGGAUGAGAGAGGUACCCGGGCGUACAUCUUCGCAUUAACGGGACUUGGUAGCGAGAAAGCGCGAAAGCAAGCGAAGAAUAGCGGUUUUGACGAGUUCCUUCUCAAGCCAGUGAGGUUCAAGGACGUCCUACCGUUGUUGGCACGUCUGCCGACUGCAUGA